AGAGAGUAAGAGCAUCAAACACAAAGAAAAACACAUAACAAUAUGGGGUCACCAAUGGCCUCUUUGGCAGCAACUUUGCUUGUCUUAGCACUUUCUCUUGGUUUUGUAACUGAAACCACCGCAAAUUACUACUACUCUUCUCCUCCUCCACCGGUCAAACACUACACUCCUCCGGUGUACAAGUCUCCUCCACCACCGGUAAAGCACUACUCUCCUCCGGUUUACAAAUCCCCACCUCCACCAAAGAAGGACUACGAGUACAAAUCACCUCCACCACCGGUUAAGCAUUACUCUCCUCCUCCAGUUUACAAGUCUCCACCUCCUCCCAAGAAACAUUACGAGUACAAAUCACCUCCUCCACCGGUUUACAAAUCUCCUCCUCCUCCGGUUUACCACUCACCUCCACCACCUAAAAAACACUACGAGUACAAAUCACCUCCUCCACCGGUUUACAAGUCUCCUCCCCCUCCGGUCUACCACUCUCCUCCACCACCUAAGAAACACUACGAGUACAAAUCUCCUCCUCCACCGGUUUACAAGUCUCCUCCUCCUCCCGUCUACCACUCUCCCCCACCACCGAAGAAACACUACGAGUACAAAUCUCCUCCUCCACCGGUUUACAAGUCUCCUCCUCCUCCGGUUUACCACUCUCCUCCACCACCUAAGAAGCAUUACGAGUACAAAUCUCCUCCUCCUCCGGUUUACCAGUCUCCUCCCCCUCCGGUUUACCACUCUCCGCCACCACCAAAGAAACACUACGAAUACAAAUCGCCGCCACCUCCCGUCUAUUCUCCUCCUCCACCGGUUCACUACUCACCUCCUCACCACCCCUACCUUUACAAAUCUCCACCUCCUCCAUACCACUACUAGAUAAACUGAUCGUCAGACUCAUGGAGUUGACGACCCUACACAAGAAAACAAAUAAUCUUUUGGUGAUAUAAUAAAAGAUACAAGAUCAUUAAGAGAUAAUAUCGAAACGGAUAUAUUUUCUAAGAGAAGUUUCCCAUUUAAUGUGUUUUUUUCUCCCAUAAAAUAAGUUGUUGGAAUAAACUUCAAACAUGUUUGAUGAGUUGUCCCUUCAUGCAUGCAAAUUGGUCAUAUGUUUGUAAGUUCAAGUCGUGUUUUCUAAAUUACAGUUUCAAAGUUUGAUUGUUUACUUAAA